AUGAUGUGGGAGUAUUAUAACGGGAAAAUAUUGUUUGUGACUGGGGGGACGGGGUUUAUUGGUACCGCUGUACUUUACCGGACUUUGACCCAAGCAUCCCCAGAGCAUAUCUACGUGCUUUGCCGGGGUGGUUUCUCAAAAGCGAAGACAAAAUGGAGCAGCAUGCUCCCGGCGCCCAUUGCAAAUACUCUUAUCCAGAGCCAUACCAUGACGAUUCUGGAUGGAGAAUUGGGCGACACCGCAACGAUGGAUCUUGACGAUGACACACUACAAAUGCUGAAAAGACGAGUCCAUAUUUUUAUUCACGCUGCAUGUUCAAUCGAGCUCAAAAACUCUCUUCGGGAGCUCUCUUACUCCAUCAUUGCGCCUACACUCUGCCUUGCGAAGUACGCCUUGAAAUUCCCGAACCUCGAGAAAUUUGUCUUUAUUUCAACCGCCUAUGUCAAUGCGCAUCUUUGGAAAACAAGCGAGUCUUCCGAUGUGCCAGUCCAAGAGCGAGUAUACUCUCUAGACAGGAACAGCGAAGACAUCUACAAGAGCGCACCCGAAAUCUGGAGAGAGGUACAAAAGGACGGGACAUCGCAUGAAUUCGAGACACACGACUUCCCCUGGCCCUACGCAUACGCCAAGCACUUGGCUGAGCGGCUGGUCCUACACAAGGCGUCUGAGAAAAAUGCUUUGGACAAGAUACUCAUUAUUCGGCCGUCAGUAGUUGGGCCGGCUGAAGAGUUCCCAUACCAUGGUUUCACGACUUCGUAUUCAAGCCCAUCGACAGCUUGCGCAGCAGCUUAUGCCUUACAUCCGGGUCGUAAAAUUGUCCUCGCAACACGUUGUGAAAAUCCCGACCAAGAUGCCACAAUUGACGAAGUGCCAGUGGAUGUCGUCGUCGAUCGGCUACUUCUCCACACAGCUGUUGGGACUAGUGGAUGUGUCCAUGCAGUUAGUGGCGAGAAGAGAAGACUGCGCCUGGAAGAUUGGUGGAAUGCAUUCAAAAACGAGCGUCGUCUGCCUUGGACUGUGAAGCCCAUCUGGACUAACGAGGACUGGCAUUCCUCGAACCUGCACCAUAUGGCUCGAAACUUCAAGAUCAUCGGGACGUCGUUCGCUUUCUCAGAAGAUAAAACGGAUCAGGUGGCGGAGACUCUUAGUUCAGAAGAGCUGAGGCAUCUCAAAUUGUUUACGGAUCGCUCCCAGCCUUAUCAUCAUUCCCUGAUCCACAGGAGGCACCACAUCCAUCAUCUGGCCAAAGAGAUGGUAAGGAAGAACAAAUUGCCAGUCCCAGUGUGCAUGGCUGGAUUGUUCUGUCGAAAGGGCAAAUCGCCACCUCACUAUCAAGCUCAAAGUGAGAAACUUGCUGUAUGA